AUGAAGAUACUAACACGUCAAUAUCAUACAAUACGACCAAACUAUCGAAAGCUACAACAUAUUCAUUUCCCGGGGAUUUCCUCAUUUCAACAUGGUUUGAACAUCCAACAAUUAUUAGUCGAUGCCAACCUUGAUUAUAAAUCAUUAGAAUUCAAAUAUCGUAGAAUUCAACGACAACGUCAACAAAUUUCCACCAAUACCAAUGAUUCAUCACUUUUGGCUUUGAAAAAUAAGAUUGAAAAUUUACAACCAUUACCAACAAUUCUUACAUUUGAAUUUGAUAAUGUUUAUGCCGGAGGAUUACGACUGAAAUCUGAAGUUUCGCCAAAUGAUCUUGAAGGGUUCAAACGUAUAGGAGGACAAUAUUUCCAAUUAGAAAGAGGAGGACAAGUUACAUGGCAUGGGAAGGGACAAUUAGUUGCAUACUUAAUUUUGGAUUUGAAGAGUUUUGUAAAAUUAUCAACCAAAUGUUACAUUAAUAAUGUCUUGUUGAAAAGUAUUCAAAAUCUCUUGAAAAAAACAUAUCAUCUUGAUAGUGUUGUUGGUGUGGAAAAUCCUGGAGUUUGGAUUAAAGAUAACAAGUCUAAGCUGCUGUCAGAAUCAUUGAAAAUUAGUAGUGUUGGAGUUAGAAUUCGUCAUGGAAUCACCGAAUAUGGAAUUGCUUUGAAUAUAAAUCCUGACUUGAAAUAUUUGAAUACUUUUGAAAUGUGUGGAUUGAAAAACAAACGUGCAACUUCGAUUCAUAAACAACUUAGUCACCUUCCGGUCCCAUCAGUUGAACAUGUUGGAAAAUUGUUUGUUGAUGAAGUGGCACUAGCUUUAGAAAUGAAUUCCGUGGAGCAUAUCAAUGCUAAUUCUUUGUAA